AUGGCCGUGGCAGCGGCGGCGGCCGACCUGCCACCGCGCACGCAACCUCUGCCCCGCUGCGUCUCGGUGUCGAUGGCGCGGGCGCCACGGCGGGAGUCGGACCCGAAGAAGAGGGUGGUGAUCACAGGGAUGGGCGUGGUGUCGGUGUUCGGCAACGACGUGGGCGCGUACUACGACCGCCUCCUCGACGGGAGCAGCGGGGCAGGCCCCAUCGACCGCUUCGACGCCUCCGGGUUCCCCACCCGCUUCGCCGCUCAGAUCCGCGGCUUCUCCUGCGAGGGCCACAUCGACGGCGAGAGCGACCGCUGCCUCGACGACUGCCAGAGCUACGCCCUCGUCGCCGCCAGGAAGGCCCUCGCGCCCGCCGGGCUCGCCCUCGUCUCCAGAGCGAUGUACAAGAUCGACAAGGAACGCGCCGGCGUGGUCGUGGGCUCCGGCAACGGCGGCGCUACGACAUUCUCGGCCGGGGUGGAGGACCUCGAGAGGAAGGGGCCAAGGGGAGUCUCCCCCUGCACCAUCCCGUUCGCGAUGCCCAACGCGGCGUCGGCGCUGGUCUCCAUCGACGCUGGGAUCGGCUUCCUUGGCCCUAACUACUCCAUCUCCACGGCCUGCGCCACGUCCAACCACUGCCUCCACAGCGCGGCCGACCAGAUCCGGCUGGGCCGCGCGGACGUCAUGGUCGCCGGCGGCGCGGACGCCGCCGUCGCGCCCGUCUGCCUCGGCGGGUUCGCGGCCCUGCGGGCACUGUCGCGGCGGAACGGCGACCCCGGCGCGGCCUCCCGGCCGUGGGACAGGGACCGCGACGGCUUCGUCUUGGGCGAAGGCGCCGGGAUACUGGUCAUGGAGAGCCUCGACCACGCGAGGCGGCGCGGCGCCCCGAUGCUCGCGGAGUACCUGGGUGGCGCGGCGAGCUGCGACGCUCACCACCUGAUGGACCCGAGGCCCGACGGCCGUGCCGCGGUGGCGUGCAUCAGGCGGAGCCUGGAAGACGCCGGCGUGGCGCCGGAGGAGGUGAACUACGUGAACGCUCACGCGACCUCCUCGCUUGCCGGGGACCUGGCAGAGGUGAAGGCACUGAAGCAGGUGUUCAAGAACCCGUCCCAGAUCAAAAUGAACGCGACCAAGUCCAUGAUCGGGCAUUGCCUUGGCGCAGCCGGCGGGCUGGAAGCCAUUGCUACCGUCAAAGCCAUAACCACCGGCUGGGUGCAUCCGACUAUAAACCAAUUUAAUCCUGAGCCGGCAGUUGGAGUCUCGGAGAAUUUGACACGGUGA